AUCUUUCGUUUCCCAACUUUUCGUCAUUCCUUUAUUGAUUCUCAAGACUUUACCGCCAUGUUCGGAUCUACUUCUCGCCUCAUCCUGGGGAUGCUCAGCUGUGUGGCCCUCCUGCCCAGUCAGGCUUUGGCGGCACACCAGCACGUCGGUCACCGUCAUCAUCAUCCCAUCAAUCCCACCCAACAACCUCAGCCCAGCACCCUCAUCACUAUCGCUCAGGGCACCGCUCCUACUGAAGCCCCUUCCGCAUGCUACUGGGCUCCCUCUGCAGUAUCCUCAGUAAUUGCCUCCGCCUCCGCCUCUGCCGCCGCGGUAGUCGAGAGCAACAUCACCGCAAAGGUCAUCAUCCCAUUCUACGUCUAUCCCGAAGCUGGCGCCUGGACCCCCAUGGAAGAACUCGUCGCGGCUUUCCCGAACGUCCACUUCACCAUCAUCAUCAACCCUGACAGCGGUCCCGGCUCCAGCAGUCUCCCUGACAGCAACUUCCUGACCGCUGUUCCCAGGCUCACCAGCUACAGCAACGUACUCGCCAUCGGAUACGUCCCGACAGAAAAGGGCACCCGCUCCAUUUCGGAUGUCGAGAGCGACAUCAAGACUUACGCCGGCUGGCCCUCCGCCUCCGGUAACUCCUCCUUCGCCGUGCACGGCAUCUUCCUCGACGAAGCCCCCAACGCCUACAGCGAGGAGUUGGUCUCAUACUACCAGCAACUCGCCAAUCUCAUCAAGGAGAGUUCCGGCCUGGGACCGGAGAACUUUGUCGUGACCAACCCCGGCACAGUCCCUGACUCGGCCUACCUCACCAUUCCCGACUCCACCGUGGUCUUCGAGUCGCCCUACGACUCGUUCCUAAGCGCCGUGUCGGAAGACUCAUUCUCUGCCAUCAGGGGCGGGAAUCACAGCGCGCUGGCUACGAUGGUCUACUCCGUUCCGGAUACCGUGCAUCUGCCGACUCUCAUUAGCCAAGUUGGAAAUAUCUCCGACCAGAUCUUCCUGGGGAAUACGAGUUCGUAUACCGUGUAUAACUCGUACAUGAACCAGGUGAUUCCGUUGUUGUUGCCUGUUUCUUCUUGAUGUGGAUGGUGGCUGGCUGUCGCAGGGCGAUGGGUUAGAUAGAUGAUGCUGUGUUUCAAUUCUUGUCUCUCGUUUAUUUCACCGUUUAUGUAUAUAGCUGUGUAUGUUGUGGAACAAUGUGCAAAAUUUUUUCUUCCAA